AUGAAAUUUCUCACGGGCACCCGUCCGGCUGUUUAUUUACUUGAUUUAUUUUUAAACACGAGUACCGCUCUGUCGGGGCUUUCCUGUUCGGAAGAGGAAUUAUAUUCACCAAAUCCGAUAUUAUGGAGACUUAAGCAUGCUUACGUCGGCCUAAGUUUCACACCUCAGCUUUCCGCCAAACAAGUCGACCGAGUUAGUUCAAAUCAUAUCUCGCAACGCAAACAAUUUUCCACCACACUGGCUGCAAACCGCCGUCAGUGCUUUUUAGGUGGG